AUGUCUCUCUUAUCAAAAUCCUAUUCGUCUGGUUGUUAUUUCAAGGAGGGACAAAUAAUUACCUUUGAAGUUCACAACAGGAAAACCUCAAUCACCAAGUCUCGAUUUUGCUCCUUACUAGGGCUUGCUCAGAAUGAUGAUGAUGAGCCUGUACAACACGAAGACACUGCAACAACUUCACAUCCUAAGCUUUCGCAGCCCAUUUCUAUGAAUCCUAAGGUAACCUUUGAGAUUCUUGUCUCAGUUCCUAUUACUAAUGAAUUCUUUGAAGUUGUUUUUGUUCCCUCUCCCACUACCACUGUUUCCACACCCAUUACUAUUGCCCAGUGCCCACCUGCUUCUUUGGGCAUUUUGCAAUCCCCACCUCCUAUUUUCACUGAUUUCACUACCACACCAACGACCACUGUUGAGCCUCCUGUUAUUGUCAACGCAUCUAAUGCGGGGGAAGGAGAUUUAGGAUUCAGCUACAAUCCAUUUAACAUCAGGACUAAAAGUGAUGAUGAAGCUCCCGUCACAAGAGGGAAACUCAAUGCGAUUAAUGAAAAACUGGAUUUUUUUCUUAAGGAUUCAAAGGCAUCAUCCAGCGAUGAUUUUACUCGCAGGCAAUGA